AUUUUUCAGUCAUUUUUUUAUUUCAUUUUAUGGGUCAUUUAUUUGAAUAAUGCGUUAUAAAAGGAGGGAGUUAGGAACCAUGAGUUAAAAUUGUGGAACGGAUAUAGUGAAGUCCCGGUUAUAGUGAACGGAAAUUUUGGUUCCUUGAAGGUUCACUAUCGGGGUUUGACUGUACUAUGAUGAAAUUGAAUAGAUUCAUACGUUGAUGUUGGAAUGUAUUAAUUUUGAAAAACCUAUUCCCCAGGAGCAGAGGUUGAAAGAACUAGCCAAACAGACUCCCGAUGCUAUCCCCAAAGUUCCCAGCCUCAUACCACUUCCUGUAUAUGUGAGUCCCUCUGCAAAGCCAAAAGAAAUAAUGAACUCAGAAAAGCCCUCAUCUGAUUUGAUGUCUCUGAAUCAACCAGUUUUAGGUGGAGGUUUCAUACAGGCUGUCCCUUACCCACAAGAAGAUUUUUCAGCAGUUCAGCCUCAAGCAAUGGCUCCAAAUUUUGUCACUGAAGUACCUUUUAGUGCUGCAUUUCCUGUGGUUCAACAAGCUGAUACAGGAGACAAUUUCGCUGUGGAAUCUAUAUCCAGUAAAGAAAAGCUUUCAAGGAAAAGUAAAGUUGGAGCUGCUUUUAAACGGAUGAUGUGUGUGUGUGGUUUUGCUAAAAGAUUAGUAUCUUUCAAAAAGUAUAGUGAGUGUCAACUAUAUACAUUUGUUUUAUCUGCUCUUAAUGGUCCAGGUUAAAGAGGAUGCUUCUGACUACAGUUUCUUAUACUGGCACUGUGCAGUUUUCCCUACUUAUGUUGCUGAUUUGUAUGACAAUGGCACUGACACAUGAUCAAACCUGAUACAGUAUAUGGUAUCAGCAUUGCAUGACAGUGUCUGGUCAUUAUUAUCAU